AUGGUUCUUCGAUUCCUUUCUAUGUCAAUGAUCUUUGUAUCAUCUCCUUGUAAGAGGUCGUUUGCGUCUGCUUUGGCCUUUCGACCAACGCCGCCCCCUCGAUUUGAUGUAUUCAGUGAACUUCUGGUGGGCUCAUGGAAGACGACGACUGUCAAUCUCAAUGAUGGUGUCAAUGAUGAACAGAUUGUGGAAGAGGUGAUGAGAAGCUGUGGGGGUGCAGUCCAAGGACUCCGUGAACCAAUCCACAAUCAAGAUCCGAUUUACUUGAAUCGAGCCAAUGAUGGUUUUGUUUUCUUUGAUAACGGAUGCUAUACAUACGGCCCAGUAAAACGGCAAGGUGAUGAUAAAUUCCUCCAAAAUCUGAUGGUGGGCAACUUCAAAUCUCGAGUCGUCAUGUUUGGCAAUGAUGGUGACGAUGGUGAUGAUGACUUUUCAGUAAUCUUUCAAUGGAAGAAAUCUGGAGCACUGUUUGAUGAAAAUCCUCCAAGGAUUCAAACGGAGCUAGCUCCCUGUGCACUGAAAGUAGAUUUCAUUGAAACGAUAACGUGUUCCAAGGCGUCACCUAUGCAACCUUGGAUGCUCCAACGAGCCAAAUGGCAAAAAGAAAUAUCCGAAUCUCCCGUACCAUCCUCCUCUGAAAAGGGGCCCACAUCAUUGAACGAUUCCAGGAUACGCUGUUGGUCGCUGACCCAAUCGGCCGCAGACUUUUACCAUUGGCUUUGGUCGUCAGAUGAUAGUACAAGGGAAGAAGGAACCGUGGUGCAAGCUGGUUCGCUGUGUGAAGCAACGGGAGAAGUAACCGUGAUCGCCCGGCACUACGAUUCAUCAGAUGACCUGAAGCAAGUCCUCUUUGCGGAGGGUGUACUCCAAUAG